GGCGGCUGCUGCUGCUGAUCUCGAGAGGAGGCCGAGGAAUGCACUUUAAAAUAUCGGCAGUUGCUUCUUGCUCGUCGCUGUUGGCCAAAUCUAGAAAAGAGAAUCAUGGAGGUUUGGGUGAGAUGUUCAGAGAGCAAAGCGACUGAGCUCUUGGUCUCUGAAAUCCACGCCACGUUCCUCGAAUCGGGAUUCGUCCGUUACACACCGAAGCUCCAAUUGACAAUUCCCCCCAACGAUUCUGUUGACAAUUCCACCUCCUAUUACUAUACUCUGCCUCCCCUCCUUGCUAUUAAUAACGAUGACGGGAUCCAUCCGCCGCCGCCGUUGGUACAGGUCGAGUUCCAGGCCGGAGGAAACCUCCUGACAUGUCGCGGUCAUCUGGUCGGAAGAGAUUCCUCCAACAAUCUGCUGUCCUUGAACAAGAGCGGCGAACUCGCGAAAGCACUGGAUUGCGGGGGCGUCUCUGAAUUUCGCCGGAGGAUCAAGGAUGCGAUGUGUUUCCCGCUGCUGAUCGAUAUCUCGGAGGAGGCCGGAUUGACCGGGCCCAACUCCUUCUCCACCCUGCCGGACGAACUCAAGUUCACAAUCAUGGCGAAGGUGCCCGGUACAACGCUGGCGAUGAUGGAAUGCGUGUGCUCUGGCCUCCGGGGCCUGUCCUCCUCCCGCGAUUACCAGCUGUGGGCGGCCAAAUUCUCUGAGGAGGAGUUUGACGACCGGGAGGUGUCGCCACUGACACUCCUCCGUCGUCGU